ACAGGAAGGUCACACCAUCCCUCACCAUCAUCAGAGUGGAAACCUGAGAGAGUCUAAAGUGAAAGAUAAAGAAGAGAUAAUGGAGGAGGAUGGGGCGAUGGAGGAUGAGGAGGAUGGAGCGAUGGAGGAGUCGGAGGUUCCAAAAGGACACAAGGAUCUGUACCAGGACACCAUGGUGGAGUCAUCCACCGACAGAAACCCACCAGAGAGAUGUCCCAGUCCUCUGUAUUCCACACAGGAAGAUCAAACCAUCCCUCAACAUCAUCUGGUAGAUGAGGAUCUUGGACUCAGGAUUAUCCAGGUGGAAGACGAAUUUGAUAUAAAAGUGGAAGAGGAGGAGGAACCUGUGAGGGGUGAUCAGCAGUCUAUGGAGAAGGUUGGGAUGUUGGAAGAAAUGAAAGAGAAGGAAUCUUCUUUAGAUAUCGGCUCAAAAUAUGGUCCAGACGUUCAGUUUACACCGAAGAGACCUCUAACCUCACAUCCAAUCUGUAACACAGAAGAUAAUGGCACAACCCAACACUCUCGGGGAAGGGACCCAGUUACUGGACCUCUCUCGGUACUCCCUGAUUUGAAUUCACCAGAUCUCUCGGUUUCUGAGAAGCCUUUGGUUGACAAUCCAGGGAAGGUUACACGUCAAAGAAACAAGAAGAUGCUUUCCUGUCUCCCUGGUAUGAGGUCACCAGAUCUCUCGGUUCCUGAGAAGCCUUCGGUUGGCAAUCCAAGGAAGGUUACACGUCAAAGAAACAAGAAGAUGUUUUCCUGUCUCCCUAAUAUGAGGUCACCAGAUCUCUCGGUUUCUGAGAAGCCUUCGGUUGACAAUCCAGGGAAGGUUACACGUCAAAGAAACAAGAAGAUGCUUUCCUGUCUCCCUGAUAUGAGGUCACCAGAUCUCUCGGUUCCUGAGAAGCCUUCGGUUGACAAUCCAGGGAAGGUUACACGUCAAAGAAACAAGAAGAUGCUUUCCUGUCUCCCUAAUAUGAGGUCACCAGAUCUCUCGGUUCCUGAGAAGCCUUCGGUUGGCAAUCCAAGGAAGGUUACACGUCAAAGAAACAAAAUGUUUUCCGGUCUCCCUAAUAUGAGGUCACCAGAUCUCUCGGUUCCUGGGAAGCCUUCGGUUGGCAAUCCAGGGAAGGUAACACGUCAAAAAAACAAGAAGAUGUUUUCAUGUCUCCCUAAUAUGAGGUCACCAGAUCUCUCGGUUCCUGAGAAGCCUUCGGUUGGCAAUCCAAGGAAGGUUACACGUCAAAGAAACAAGAUGUUUUCCUGUCUCCCUAAUAUGAGGUCACCAGAUCUCUCGGUUCCUGAGAAGCCUUCGGUUAGCAAUCCAGGGAAGGUAACACGUCAAAGAAACAAGAAGAUGUUUUCCUGUCCUGAAUGUAAUAAAUCUUUUACAACAAAAGCGUAUUUCCGCAUCCAUAAGCGGAUACACGACGGACAAUGCCCAUUUGUGUGCCUGGAGUGCGGGAGAGGCUUUAUCUACAAGCCGUAUUUCCAUCGACAUCAAAGAUAUCACAGCGAACUGAGGCCCUAUCCAUGUCUAGAGUGUGGGAAAUCCUUCAAGGAAAAAUCGGUCCUCGUCCAGCAUCUGAGAAUUCACAGCGGCGACAGGCCGUUUCCUUGCUCAGUGUGCGAUCAGAGCUUCGUCCAGAAAGCUCAUCUGAGGAGACAUCUCCGAGUUCACACUGGCGAGACCCCUUUCUUGUGCAAGCAGUGCGGGAAAGGUUUUACACGGAAAGAUAUGCUCACUUUGCAUGAGCGGGGACAUGUGAAUGAGCGCCCGUUUGCCUGCCCGGAGUGUGGGAAUCGCUUCAAACAGCAGUUCUGUCUUGUCCGACAUCAGAAGCUCCACAAGGAAAAGGGCUCGCUCUCCCGUUCUGUACUUCAGUCAAACCAAAACCUGAAUUUAUGAGUCACGCCAGUUGAAUAGUCUUUACCUGCUCCAAGUGCGGGAAAUGUUCAAAAGAGUGUACACUGUUGAUAGAGACACUUUUCCUGUUUGGAGUGUGGCAGAGGCUUCUCGUGAAAAGUUCAGGCUCAUGUUUUAGGUCUACGUUGGUGGGAAGCCUUUUUUCUGUUCAGAGUUUGGGAAAUGUUUAAUUCAAAAAGGAGAACCUCUUAUUUUAUAGGACAGUUUACACAAAUGCGGGUUCGUAUCCAAUGUGCGGGAAGUGUUGCACAUGAAAAUGGCACCAGAGUAGUAGAGUGUCCUUUUUCUGCAUCCAAUGUGCAAGAAGUGGUUUAAACUCAGGGAAGUCACAACGGACAAAAAGCCUUUACGUGAUCAUAGUACGAGAAAUGUUCAAAACUUUAUAGACACCAAAGAGUUGACCAUGGCGAGAAGUCCUUUUUCUGCUUGGAGUGUGGCAGAUGCUUCUUCGUGAAAGUUCAAGCUUCACAGCCAAGUUGAAGGCCAACAGUGGGGAAAAUAAUGAUUUGAUCCCAUGCAGAUUAUGUAAGUUUGCCCACUUACAAUGAAAUGAAGGAUCUAUCAUUAUUAUGGGUGUAUUUUAUAUGAUAGAGACAGAAUAUCAACCAAAAACCCAGAAAAAAAACAUGUACUUUUUUUU